AUGAGAAGAAAACCAAAUCAAGAUGCCAAAGUUGAUUGGCCAAAACCAGUUGAUAUGGACUGCAAAAUUAACUGUUUGAAGAACUUCAUACAGCACAUGUCCAUGGAUUCUCUAGCGGAGAGUGUCUGUGGCAUCUGUAAAGUUUGUCGCUAUAAGCGUGACCUUCGUCAUAUACCUUUGAGUAAAGUUCCACCGAUUGAAUUAUUCAAGAUACAUCCCGACCUUAACAACAUAAUUCCGAAAAUGCAAGAAAUUAACGACUUUGAUUCAAACGAUAAGUUUGACAAGAAUGACAAUAUUGAUUUGAGUUUGAUUCAAAACCAAAAAAAUGCAGAUAGGAAUGUCCAAUCGGCAAUGAAUAAUCAAUCAUUUACUUGUAUAAAUGGUAUGUUUUUCUAUGAAGCAGGAUUAUAUAAAACUGUUGAUAGAAAGAAACGUUUCUUGAUUCAUUGUGACGUUUGCACGGAGUGCUGGUCGGCAUUGAUGAAAGAAAAAAAAACCAAAUUUUCAGCUGCCAAUAAAGUAUGGAUGGGAGAUAUACCAAAACAACUACAAGGACUAACUAUUCCUGAACAGAGACUUAUUGCUCUUUACCGACACAACAGUUGGAUUGUGAAAUUGCAGCUCCCUUUUCAUUCGACCAGUACAGCUCAAUCAGCUUUAAAAGGAAACUGCAUAAGUUUUCCUCAAGAUGUUAUUAACAUAGCUACUACUUUACCAUUGGAAUUAGACGAUUCAUGUGACUCUCUAAAGAUUAUUUUUAAAAUUUAUGAUGCACUCCAAUGGCUUAAUCAAAACAAUCCACUGUAUCGAUAUAUUACAAUUAAUCAGUCAACAAUCGAUAAAUUACCUGAUGACGAUGUGCCAGAGUGCUUAUGGGCAACAAUGGAAAUUUCAAACAAUACGGAAGCGGCUGAGAGUGAAAGGUCAAGUUACAUUCCUGAUCCUUUGGUCAAUGCAUCUGAAUCCAACACUACAACAGCGGCACCAAUAACUGCUAGUGCUGUUUUAGAUGUUAACGGUACUACAGUUUCGUCUGAUGACGUUGUUGAGCACCUUUUAGGACAAAUGAAGAUACGAGUAUCAGAUAAAACGCUCGGAACUCAAUCGGAGGAAAUCACCGAACAAGAUCCCGUAUGCAUGAUUCCUCGUGGUAACAAACCGGCCAAUGAAUAUUCGAAUCUAAAUCUUUUAUUGGGUGUCUUUCCCACGCUUUUCCCUUAUGGAUGUGGUGCACUUGCAGACAGCUCUCGACCAGUUCAAAUCAAUUUUCGUGAGCAUGUACGAUAUCUUCUUUCGUACGGAGAUCGUCGUUUUGAAGAGCACUACUCAUUCAUAUUUGUUCUCUUCAAUAUUUUACAACGCCGUACCGCAUUCUUCCAUGCCCAACUAAUGACAUCAAGACCAUAUUUUCAACAAUCUGCACAGAUUCUUGAAACAUUAAAUUCUGAAGAUGUAGCAACAGCUCUGUUGAAUAUAUCCAAAGCGUCUUAUUCAAAGGUUUCCGACGAAAGAAUUAAUACGCUUAUGAAGCACAUUAAAGUUGUUGGCGGACAUGUUAUGGGUUCAGCUCAUUCACGAUCGGCUCUUCGUACAAAAAUUAAUUCACUAACUAUGUUUUAA